AGCCAUUAAGUUGAUAUUCCAGAGAUUUGCCGGUUGAAUGCGGGAUGCAAAGAAAAUGCGCCGAUACUAUGCAUGCACACGUUAUAAGAAACUUUCACACUGCGUCGUUUCAUGAAGUGUUGAGGAACUCCCCCACCCGAAACUCGGUGUCUUUGUCGCUCAGGUGUACCUACAGACCCAACAGGUAUAUCGACUCGAGUCUUGCAGGAAGUCGCACGUGUCUUUUCAUGACUUAGAACGUUAUCUUUCGUUGGUGCGGAAAAAAUGAAAGCAGUGGGUGUCGUUGUCGUUGCCUCUCUUGCGACUGCCGCGCAAGCCACAAACCUUCCGCGUGCGUCGAGAUUCUAUACGACCACAGAGCGCAGCGUUGAUUUGAGAAAUUUGCUGGAAAACACAGAGGUGGAACGGCCGCCAGCUCCGGCGGGUCCGGCACAUUCAGACAGUGCUCGAGAGAUUCCCGUUUUGGAGGAGCCUCAGUUCACCCAAGUCAGCACGGAUGAGUACAACGAAUACAAGCAUGGGAUGACGGCGCUACAAAAGAUUUUGAAGCCGGAAAAUAUGAAGACUCUCAAGAAGCUCACUGCCAUGUUAAAUCAGCAGAACACCUUGCCGACUGCCGCUGACCCCCACGCAGCAAUGAGCGCAGAGAAACUGACAGCACUUCUCACAUCGGCUAUGGCGACUCAAACGGAGGGUUUCGAUUUCAACAGUGUGAAUCGCGUGCUGGAGAACUGGAAGCAGAACAUAUCGCGAGGUCCAUUUGCCAACAUGGUUCCGGCGUUGCCGGCUGAUGCUGCCCAGUUUGUGCAGCCAACUGUCCCGUUUGCUACUGUCGCAGGAGCGCCAGUGAUGUCAGGACAGUCAAUUGUUUCUCCUGCAUUCGCAAACUUCGCGCAAGUGGCUCCUAUGCAGUACGCGCUCCCGCCUAUACCUUACUUCCAGAUCACACCCCAGACAGGCUAUCAGUUUGCUCAGGCGCAACCAGCCAUGGAAGAGUUCACGUCUCCCCAGCAGCUGCUUUCGGUCCAAAUGUGAAAGAAGUUUUUCCCUGGUGGAGAAGGAGUAACUCAGGAAAACAUAUUAGUUUCUACGGCAUUUUACUGCCGAAGCAUGGCUGAUGUGCACAGGCGCAUGAGCGGAACAGCUGUUAUUGUCUUUUAGCAACUAAAUUGGUGAAGAGGGAAUCGAUUUGUGAGGCAACUGCACUCAUUAAACACCUCUACUUCGAACUAACACAACAGAGCCAGCACUAAGAGUUGCUUGGCAGAA